UUUAUCUGUCGUGCCUCUUCGCUUUUUAAAAGAAAAAUUAAUUUUUUUCAUUUUUUUUCUUUAUCUUUCUAAUUCACUUUUAAUGACGUGGCAAGUGAGAUACCUAGUUGUUGAUGUAUUUUUUUUUAAAAAAAAAAAAAGAAUUCUAAAACAAAUCCCAAACCCCACCCACCCUCUGUCUCUUCGCCCCUUCCGUCCCCCUCAACAGAACCAUAAAGUUUUGUCGUUAGUGCCGACGUGAAAAAAAACACGAAUGCUCUGUGAUGGGGGUGCCCACCCAAAGGGUUGAAGUCUUGGAGCCUGAUGUGGGAGGCAGAAGGGGUUUGGUUGAGUAUCUCACAACCAAAAAGCUGUCAAUUUUAAAGGGAAGAUUCAACGGCAAGAUUUUCAGUGUUGUAGCCACCGCCACUGUCGUUUUAAAAUUUUUCGGCCACCGCCUCUCUCUCUGCAAGUUCAAAAUCCAAACGCACCUAGCCACCCAGCCACCGAUAGCCAUCGCCGCCCCAACGCACCCACCACCGACCUUACCGCCCGAUAGCCAAGCCACUACUCAAAUCCCAAAACUCUUAAAAAAUCCGAAUCUGGAUUUUGUUGUUGAAGAAAGAGGGGAAACAGAAGAUGGAAGGGUGGGUGCGCAAAAAAAAAAGUUAUUAUUUUUUUCACACAUCAACACCAAAGCGGGCAUCAUACUUGCCACAUUACUAAGGGUAAGAUAGGAAAGGGAAAGAACAAAAAGGGCUGAACAUCAGGUCGGGUCGGGUCGGGUCAACUUAAUAGAUAGACCAUAUUUGGAAAUCUGUAAACCGUCUGAAGUUUUUGCUCGUCAGGUUCGGACCUGACCACUUCGACCUGGAAUCAAAAUGAUAUUUUCUUGUUUUCUUUUUUCAUUUUUUUUAAAGGACUCAUUCUUGAAUCUUCAAAUUCUCAAUCUUAAUCCUAAAUAGGAGAACCAGACUACACAUGGCACUCGUGAUUCGUACACGCUUCUGGGAAAGAGACAACCACUAUAAUAUAUAGUGUAUAUAAAUAUACUGGGGUGUAAUACACACAACUGAUCCGCAUCCUUCGUCGGUGUACUGUUUGAAUGCUGAUCAAUAUCAACCACCAUCAUCAUCAUCAUCAUCCACACUUCCACUCUGCAACUUUCUCUCUUAAUGGCCGUGAAUAGCUCUCUCUCACUCCUCCCUUCCACUCUCUCCCCCAAGCUCUCCAACUCCUCCUCAAUCCCCACCUCCACUCACUUCCAACCCAAAACCCGAAUUCCAUUCUUCCGACAUUUCCAAAUGACCAACGGCGUCUUCCUGACCCCUGUUUCCGUCCUUUCGACCUCCGCCUCCGCCGUCGUUGGUGUCGGCGACGACUUACCUCCAGACUAUGGCGACGUGUUCCCCCAGGCAGAUCCGAGCGAGCGCAGAAGAGCUGGCGUGGUCCUCCAUCCGACGUCGUUCCGUGGACCCCACGGCAUUGGAGAUUUUGGGGAGGAGGCGUUUCGUUUCAUUGACUGGCUUCAUGAAGCCGGGUGCUCCCUCUGGCAGGUGCUUCCACUGGUUCCCCCUGGUAGGAAAGCCAAUGAAGAGGGCUCCCCUUACUCUGGUCAGGAUGCAAAUUGUGGUAACACUCUGUUGAUACCUCUUGAGGAGCUUGUCAAUGAUGGUUUGUUGACAAAGGAAGAGCUUCCAAAACCAGUUGAUUCUGACCGCGUGAAUUACUCAACUGUUGCUGACUUAAAGGAUCCUCUGAUAGCUAAGUUUAGCGCUUUGUCAGGCUGCAGAGAGGCUUAUUAGGAGUGAAGGUGAACUUAAAAGUGAGCUUGAAGAUUUCCGUAAUGACCCAGAUAUAUCAAGUGAGAUUUUCAUAUUAUUUGUGCACUAAUAAUUUUAUAAUAUACUUUUACUGCGGUGACAAUUUUGUAUGUGUUAUAAUUUGACAAUCUUGGUUGUAAAUUGACAUUAUAUUGUAGUUCUGCUUCGACAACUCUUCAGAAUGGUGUAAUUCUAACUGUGCUAGGAUCUAUUAGUUGAAUGUAUGCACAUACAUA